GUCUUCCGCUCAUAAGGAGCUCGCGUUGAGUUUUGUUAUCUCGAAUUAUUGCCUGCAGCGCGAGGAGUUUGCUUUAAAUGACGGUUCAGUGAUUGCGCACUCUGUCUUCACUCCAACCGCGAGGCAAUCAAAGGCUAACUUGAGCAGCGAUCAUGGCGUGUCCACCUUAUCCCACAGAAGUUUCCUACGCGCCUUACCAGCCAAUGCUUCGAGAGACCCCCAUAACAAUGAUGCCUUCGCAUCCAACCCCAUUACCACCUGUGUCGCACUGCAGCAAAAUGGACCCUCGAGCCAACAUUCAUGUAGCCUCUCCAUUCGUUCUUAACCCUAUAGCAAGCUUUGAAACGGAACCUGGGCUAGCUGCUACACAUGGUUUGGGUUUUCACAUCGAUACGUCUAAACUGCGUGAACUGGAAGAGUUUGCAACGCAGUUUAAACUCCGGAGGAUCAAGCUAGGCUUCACGCAAACAAACGUCGGAGCAGCGUUAGCCUCAGUGCACGGAACAGAUUUUAGUCAAACUACUAUUUGCCGUUUCGAGAAUCUGCAGUUGAGUUUCAAAAAUGCGUGCAAACUGAAGCCGAUUCUAGCGCGUUGGCUUGAGGAAGCAGAAUGCUCCGGCGGGGCGUGUGGAGAUAAAUUCAACGCUGAACGGCGCAGAAAAAGACGGACGACCAUUGGGCUCACUGCAAAGGAACAUCUUGAAGAUCAUUUUCUGAAACAGCCCAAGCCAUCUUCACAAGAAAUUAUCCGCAUCGCUGAAGGAUUACGUCUUGAUAGAGAAGUUGUCAGGGUUUGGUUCUGUAACAGGCGACAGAGAGAAAAAAGGGUCAAAACAUCGCUUAGUAUUCACGGAUUCUUAACCUGUAAAAAUGAUUGAAUGGCUAACUGACACCUGAAAUACUUCAUUAGAAACUUGGAAUUAACUGACUAAGCAAAGCGGUCUGAAUUUUCAAUAAAGAGAGAGAUAGAUCAAAAAGUUGAGUAGUACCAUAUUAUAGAAUUUAAAAAAGGAAAUUGUAACAUAAAACCAAAU